AAUCCUGACGUCAUUCGUACCAAUCUCAAACGAGGGAUCCAACUGCACCCCUCUCGCCCUCUAAAUCUACAUAUUGCCCCUUUCUGGUUUGUACUUUGUACAAACUCUCUCUCUAGAUCCACACCUUUGUUAUCUCUCUCUCUCCUCCCCAUUACCAAACCACUCUUCAGAAUUUGGGGAGACUUGGGUUCUCUGAUUUUUGGGUGAGAUGGGUUCUCAAGAGGAGGAGAGGCUGCUUGAUGAAUCUCUGCUUGAAGAUGGUACUUUAAAGAGUGAAAGUCUAGGGCCAUACACAGGGGAUGGAUCUGUUGACCUUCAUGGAAACCGUGUCUUACGGCACAAUACUGGCAACUGGAAAGCUUGCCCCUUUAUUUUAGGAACGGAGUGCUGUGAGCGCUUGGCCUACUAUGGGAUUUCUACAAAUCUGGUCACUUAUCUCACUAAAAUCCUUCAUGAAGGUAAUGUAUCUGCCGCCCGAAAUGUUACCACUUGGCAAGGUACAUGUUACCUCACUCCCCUUCUUGGAGCUUUAUUGGCUGAUGCAAUUUGGGGAAGAUAUCGGACAAUUGCGGUGUUCUCUACAAUUUACUUCAUUGGAAUGGGUACAUUAACCCUUUCUGCCUCAGUUUCUGUCUUCAAGCCUCCAUCUUGUGCUGGAAGCAUUUGCCCCUCAGCAAGUCCUGCUCAGUAUGUUUUGUUCUUCUUUGGCCUCUAUCUAAUUGCACUAGGGACUGGAGGCAUUAAGCCAUGCGUGUCUUCGUUUGGAGCCGAUCAAUUUGAUGAUACCAGCCCAACAGAGAGUGUGAAAAAGGGUUCCUUCUUUAAUUGGUUCUAUUUCUCUAUCAACAUUGGAGCUCUUGUUUCAAGUAGCCUUAUUGUUUGGAUCCAAGACAAUGCAGGUUGGGGCUUAGGGUUCGGAAUUCCUACAUUAUUCAUGGGCCUUGCUAUUGGAAGCUUUUUUUCAGGCACGGUGUUAUAUAGGUUUCAAAAGCCAGGAGGAAGCCCCCUAACUAGAAUGUGUCAAGUUAUAGUUGCAUCUAUUCGUAAGUUGAAUGUCAAGGUCCCAGAUGAUAGUUCUCUCCUGUUUGAAGUAUCAGACAAGAACUCCGCGAUCCAAGGGAGUCGGAAAUUGGAGCAUACUGAUGAAUUCAAGUGCCUUGAUAAAGCUGCCACAAUAUCUGAUCUUGAUGCUAAAACUGGUAAUUUCUCUAAUCCAUGGAAGCUCUGCACGGUCACCCAAGUUGAGGAAUUGAAGAUAUUGGUUCGAAUGUUUCCAAUUUGGGCAACCGGUAUCGUCUUCUCUGCUGUUUAUGCCCAGAUUUCUACCAUGUUUGUUGAACAAGGAAUGACUUUAGAUACAAGUCUCGGGUCCUUCACCAUUCCUCCUGCUUCUCUCUCUGUCUUUGAUGUGAUCAGUGUCAUUGUUUGGGUGCCAAUCUAUGAUCAAGUAUUGGUUCCAAUUGCUAGGCGAUUUACAGGCAAAGCAAGAGGUUUCUCUGAGCUCCAACGAAUGGGUAUCGGCUUAUUUAUAUCAAUAUUAGCCAUGGCAGCAGCUGCAGUGGUUGAAAUCCGACGUUUAGAGAUCGCUAGAGCCAAUGAUCUAGUGUUUGACACGUCAACACCUGUCCCCAUGAGCAUUUGUUGGCAAAUUCCUCAGUAUUUCUUGGUUGGGGCAGCUGAGGUGUUCACCUUUAUUGGGCAAUUGGAGUUCUUCUAUGACCAGUCACCUGAUGCGAUGAGGAGCUUGUGCAGUGCCUUAUCUCUCCUCACCACUGCCUUGGGUAAUUAUUUGAGUUCUUUCAUUUUAACCAUUGUUACAGUCCUUACCACGAAAGGGGGGAGCCCUGGUUGGAUACCCGACAAUUUGAACGAAGGUCAUCUUGACUAUUUCUUCUGGUUAUUGGCUGGACUUAGCUUCCUGAACCUAGUGAUCUAUGUUACUUGUGCUGGGCGAUACAAGUGCAAGAGGGCCACAUAACUAUUCUCGGUUGUGAAGGUCAUUGGGGUUCACGUGGUUUUCCUUUGGGGAGCACAGAGAGAGCAUCUCCUUGUAUAUAUAUACUGUUCAAUUAUUUAGUGAGUUUUCUAGAAACUCAAGGUAUGGUGCCUGAUUUCAUAGACCAAAAUUGGUUUCACAUGCCUUUCGAGGCCAUUUAUUAUAUCAACUAAAGAAACUCCUGUAUCAACCAUGAUUCUCUUUAUGUUUACGAGUCUUCAUUUUCUUUUUGUGAUUUU